AUGUCCAUCGGCGGAAUCCUUGCCUCCUACCUCGCCAUCGUCCAAGAUUCGCACGCCCUCGCCCUAGCCCGCUUCUUCGCGCGCCUUCGCCCCGGCCACCCACCUCCCACGCAAGCAGACCCCGAAAUCCGCCUCGCCAUCACGUGUCUGCAUUCCCCGCUCCUACCGAUAGGAUUGUUCUGGCUAGGAUGGACAGCAAACCCGGGAAUCCACUGGUUCGUGCCGUGCAUCGGCAUCACGAUCUCGACCAUGGGCAUUUAUGCCAUGUACCUCGCCGCGUUUAAUUAUCUGGCCGACGUGUAUCAUAAGUAUGCGAGUAGUGCGCUAGCGGCGCAGAGCUUCUGUCGGAAUAUGCUGGGUGCGGUGUUUCCGCUUGUGACGACGGCGUUGUUCGAGGGGAUGGGGAUUGGCGGCGCGUGUAGCAUGCUGGGUGGGAUUGCAAUUCUCCUGGCUCUUGUCCCAUGGGUUCUCAUCCUCUACGGCCCGGCUAUUAGGAGACGAUCCAAGUUAGCCAGUGAAAUAAUGUAA